CAUUGUUUGUGAGCACACUCUUCAGAUGGUCUUUUCUUCUUCUCCAUGGUGACCUGCAAAAUUUAAGACGGAGGUUGUGCAGUCAGAAGACAUGGAACAAAUUUCUCAAAGGAGUCUUGUUAAGGAAGUCAUUUCCUGAGCUAACAUGGUGGAGAUUUGGGCCCAGAGAAGAGUGCAUAGAGAAGGCCCUUACCAAAUGCAGCUCCUUGACCUUGAACCUCACAGAAUGCAGAAUGGUUAAGAAGAGUUCCUGGGAAUAGUCAUUUACUCUAGGCAUGAUAUUUAACAACCAGAAAGUAGGACACAAUCCAGAUUCCAAUUUCCAGCACAUCAGUUGUUCUACUGAGAAGUUUUUCAGAUAUUUAUAACUCUUUGACAAAAUGCUGAAUUUCACAGAUGUGACUGAAUUUAUUCUUUUGGGAUUGACCAGCCAUAAGGAAUGGCAAGUUCUCUUCUUCUUCAUUUUUCUCAUGGUCUACAUUAUUACUGUGUUCGGUAAUAUUGGAAUGAUCAUAUUAAUCAAGGUCAGUCCCCAGCUUAGCAGCCCCAUGUAUUUUUUCCUCAGCCAUUUGUCUUUUGUGGAUGUGUGGUUUUCUUCCAACGUCACCCCUAAGAUGUUAGAAAACCUGGUAUCAGAGACAAAAACUAUUUCUUACGCUGGUUGUCUGGUCCAGUGCUUUUUCUUCAUUGCCCUGGUCCAUGUAGAAAUCUUCAUUCUUGCUGUGAUGGCCUUUGAUAGAUACAUGGCCAUUGGGAACCCUCUGCUCUAUGGCAGCAAGAUGUCCAGGGUGGUCUGCAUGCGCCUGAUUUCCUUCCCAUAUGUGUAUGGUUUUCUGACCAGUCUGGCAGCAACAUUGUGGACUUAUGGCUUGUACUUCUGUGGGAAAAUUGAAAUCAACCACUUCUACUGUGCAGACCCUCCUCUCAUCAAAAUAGCCUGUGCUGGGACCUUUGUGAAAGAGUACACGAUGAUCAUACUGGCGGGCAUCAACUUCACGUACUCCCUGACUGUGGUUAUCAUCUCUUAUCUAUUCAUUCUCAUCGCCAUUCUAAGAAUGCACUCAGCAGAAGGGAGGCGCAAGGCCUUUUCCACCUGUGGUUCCCAUCUGACAGCUGUGGUCAUAUUUUAUGGGACUCUGAUCUUCAUGUAUCUGAGACGUCCCACCGAGGAGUCCGUGGAGCAGGGGAAGAUGGUGGCAGUGUUCUACACCACAGUGAUCCCCAUGUUGAAUCCUCUAAUCUACAGUCUCAGGAACAAGGAUGUGAAAGAAGCCAUGCACAAAGUGAUCAGCAGAAUAUGUUUAACAAAAUAAACAUGCGUGGACUUUAUUUUCUGUGGUCUGUUGUUUUCAAUAUGUUAUUGCCCAAUACAUUGCCACAUUAUGCUAAGAAUACUUUUUUGGGGGCUACAAGAAAAAAAAAAUACAGUUCCAAUUGAAAUAAAUAAAUAAAUAAAUAAAUAAACUAAUUAUUACCAAAGUUUUGACAAUUAAUUAAAAUGAAUGAGAUGAUUCAUUAAAAUAUUUAUUUCUUUUAAAAUUCAUAGAUGUGCUGAUUUAAAUUCUCCAGCCAAAGAACUAGAGAACUUUGGUCACAGUGAUGGUGUGAUCUUUAAUCUUUCUUUCAUUGUUAUUGGUGGACUGGACUUGACACCACCGUUUUGAAAAUAGGACUACUACUGUAUUUACUUAUUUUUCAGUUUUCUUUAAGAGACGUAACACAGUGUGUUUUUCUUUAACUGGGUCCAGAAACCGCCCUGUUCCUAAGAGUGCAGGUAACCAGUGUACACUCUUCCUGUGCCCCUGCCAUAAUCUGCAGUCUGACUAAAAUUAAUGCAUAGAAUUAGUGGGUGAUAAUGUAUCAUUGCAAAACAUGGUUCUCCCAAAUCUGUUUGAUUAAUAUUUACAUGGAAUAUUUUGUACAAAUGUGUUUAGAUAUGGUGUUGACAUAUGUUAAUUUUUGUAUUUGAAACAAAAUUAUAAAAUGGUCUGUUUGUUGUUGACAAUAACAUGUGUUGUUAAAUAAUACUAUAUAAUAUAACUUGAUAUUCCCUUUGCACCUCAUUUCAUGAAAUACAUUCAUGAGCCAGCUACUUCAAAAUUUAAUUUAUUAAUCUUUGUGUCCUCAGAUAAACAAAUAAAUGCAUAAAUAAAUAACUUUCAGUUUUGGUGUAGAAAAUACACAGCUGAAGAAAUAUGCUUCAUACAUACAAAUGCUUCCUUUAUUCAGUCUACAUUUUCUUCAGAUACUAUGUUAAAAACACAAUUACCUGAGUGAUCAAGUUAAUUUAAUGAACUUUCCCUGAAAUCAGUGAGAAGGAACUCAAGAUUCCUUCUGAUAGGAGUCCUUCAUGCACUGAAGGAUGCAGAAGAAAAUUUU